AAUCACGGUGCUACCUUGAGAGUGUUCUGACGAUGCAAGAGGAUUACCAUUAGAACGAGUUUAUCCACGACGAUGGGUUGCAAUACUAGCCAGGAGAUACCCAACUUUAAUCCGCAGGCGGCAAAUGGGGGCAACGGCGAAAGAACUGAGCAGGAUGAGCUUGCGGAACUGCUCGCGGAUGAGACCGGGGAAGUCGAAGCGGCCGCCACUAAGAUCCAGGCAGCGUUCCGAGGCCACCAGGUGCGCAAGGGAACCACGAUGAAGCAGGGGGACGUCAACGGUAGCGAGGCGGGGCAGCAGCAGAACUCGGCGGAAACAGAGCGGGAACCGACCAAGGCGGAGCUGGAGGCUGAGUUCGAUCCCAACGACGAAGAACUGACACAGGCUGCCACCAGGAUCCAGGCAUGCUUCAGGGGACACAUGGCCCGAAAAGAGCCGGAAGCCGAAGCCGAAGCGGACAAGAAGGGAGAGGGCGACAAAAAGGAGGUCGACAUUGACGAUCUGACCAGAAAGGUUGCCGAAGAGCUCGACAUCGACAUGGACGAUCCGGAGCUGCACAAGGCGGCUAGCAAAAUUCAAGCCUCGUUCCGUGGCCACAAAACCCGCCAGCCGCAGGGCAAGGAUGGCAAGUAGACGCGCACCGAGAUCAAUGCAGCAUACAUUUAAAAUAAUAAAAUUUUAAUAAAAAAAAUAAAAAUAAAACCUACACAAAACUCUUCAUUCAUAAUUUGAUGAUGAAAUAUUUAAACUAAACUUGGAAAUGAGUAAAAACCAACCAACUAUUCACCUUUUUGAUCGAAAUGAAAUUUAAAUGAGAAAACGGUUCAAGAAUUAAGAUUUAAAAGAAAAGCAAACAGUACAUUUGUUAUCAUUUUAUAACUUUUAUCGAAACCUAGUCGUACAGAUAUACAGUUGAAGAAGAAUAAUAAUGGAAAACAUCUCGAACGAUAAAAAAAACAUUUAUGAAACCUAAACUCAACCUUUGCGAAUGAUUCUUAUUCUAGCGUACCACUCUUAACGGUAAAAAAAUCAGAUUAAAUUAAAUGAAAAAAAACACACACACAC